CACGUUCGAGGCACUCGGGAUCGCGGUGGCCUGAGGAGAAGGAUUUUUUUUCGUUGUGUGUGACUGUUACCGUCGGGCCGUUCCGGGGCGAGUUGCGCAAGGCGCCAAAUCGGUGGUCGAGUCCGUCGAGUGUCCGCGCAGGCGCGUUGCGGCAGUCAGAGGUCGGAGAAGAUGGCGUCGACGGAUUAUAGUACCUAUACUCAAGCUGCAGCUCAGCAAGGGUAUGGAACCUAUGCGGCUCAGCCUACUCAAGCAUAUGGACAGACAACCCAAGCAUAUGCGCAGCAGAGUUAUGGAGCCUAUACUCAGCCUACUGAUACAACAUAUACUCAAGCACAAACAACUGCAGCAUAUGGGCAGACAGCAUAUGCCACUGCAUAUGGGCAACCCCAGACUGGUUAUAGCGCACCAAUUGCGCCUCAGGCUUAUAGCCAGCCUGUGCAGGCUUACAGUACAACUGGAUAUGACAGCACUGGUACUCCACAAGCUACGUAUGGUCAACAGCCAACCUAUGGUCAGCAACCCACCUAUGCUGCAUAUGGGCAACACACAGCUACAACGGUUGCACCUACCAGAGCACAAGAUACAACCAAGCAAGAUGAUUACAGCCAACCAAGUACUGGUUAUGCGCAAUCUAAUGUAGGAUACAGCCAAACGAAUUAUGGAUACCCUCAAAUGAGUGUUCAUGGAACUUAUCCUCUUCAACCUCCCAGUGCUCCCCCAUCUUUUCCUCCUACAAGUUACAGUAGCACCACUCAGCCAACUGCCUAUGAUCAGAGCUCUUACAGCCAGCAGGCAAGUUAUGGACAACAGGGGAGUAGCUAUGCACCACCACCACCCCCAACUGGAGGAUACAGCCAACAGCAACCACCUACAGGGUUUGGUCAGCAGUCUAGCUAUGGACAGCAAACAGACUAUAGCCAACAAAGCCAGUACAGUUCCUAUAGGCAGGAGCAACCAUCUACUAAUAACAUGAGUGGGUAUGGACAAGACCAGAGUAGCUACGGAACCUCAAACAGUAGCUCUGAAAACCGUAGCAGAAGUCGUGGAAGCUAUGAUCAAGGAAGCAGAGGAAGUAGUUACAGUAGAGGUGGUCGGAGUGGACGAGGUGGCAUGGGCGGUGUCGACCGGGGUGGCUUCAGUAAGCCUGGUGUACCAGCUGUAGAAGAAACUCCAGUGGCUGAACCAGUUACAGCAGCUGAACCUCCACCUCCACCACCGGCUCCAGCUCCAGUUCCAACCCCAACCUCGACCGCGACUUCAGCCCCACAGGACGAUGUGGAGAAUGAUACUAUUUAUGUGCAAGGUUUGGGGGAAAAUAUAACUCCAGAAAGACUUCUGGAUUUCUUCAAGCAAACUGGUGCUAUAAAGAACAACAAACGAACUGGACAGCCUAUGAUCAACAUAUUCAUUGACAAAGAGACUGGAAAACCCAAAGGUGAAGCUACUGUGUCAUACGAUGACCCUCCUGCUGCUAAGGCUGCUGUGGAAUGGUUUGAUGGCAAAGAAUUUGACGCAAACCCAAUCAAGGUUACCAUGGCCAAAAAGAAGCCUCCACCACAGCCCUUACCCCAGCUGCAGCAGCCGCCACCACCACUCUCAUUUAACAAUAUGCGAGGUAAUGUUCCCCUCCGCGAUGGUAGAGGUGGUGGGCUUCCUAGAGGAGGAGGUGAGAAUCUACAUUACAGACCAGGACCUAUGGGCCGUGGCGGUGGCGGAGGAGGAUUUGGUGGCCGAGGUGGCCCACGUGGCCGUGGUGGGCCUUCAGGGGGAAAUACACAGCAAAGAGCUGGUGACUGGCGAUGUCCUAACCCAACUUGUGGAAAUUCUAACUUCGCCUGGCGGACUGAAUGUAACCAGUGUAAGGCUCCAAAGCCAGAUGGCCCUCUCCCACCUCCAUUCCCUCCAGGUGAUCGUGGUCGAGGUGGUCCCAUGAUGCGUGGUGGCCGUGGUAUGGACCGUGGGGGUUUUAGGGGAGGCCGAGGUGGAGACCACCGUGGUGGCUUCCGAGGAGGACGUGGUGGUGAUCGAGGUGGCUUUAGAGGUGGAAGAGGAAUGCUUGGAGGACCCCCAAUGGGAGAAUUAAUGGGUUUCAGAGGAGGACGUGGUGGACCAGGAAAAUUGGAUAGGAAGGGUGAUCGUCGCCAGGACCGUCGGGAGAGACCAUAUUGAAGUAGAUGACCCAUCUGGUUUUCUGUUUACUACAACAAAUAUUUUUUAAAAAUGUUUUAAAUUUGUAAUUCCGUAUUUAUAAUGUUGUUUGCAACAACAUUACGGCAAUAUUUCGGUAUUGUAUUAGUUUUUCAGUGGAUAUAGCCAAGUCAGGAAGUAAAUUUCAUGUUAGGGUGACUUUUUGCUUAAUUUUUACUUUUGUCAAGGUGAAUGUAAUGAUGUGAACGAGAUCCUGAAGAGCAUGCAAAACAAAAAUGUACAGUGCAUAGCUUUUGUUCUGUUUAUACUAUGGUGAUACUGCAAUAAAAAGCUGAGUCGCUCUGUUUAGUGUGGCUUCCUGAAAUUUUGCUGAAAGUAGCUUGAAAUAGCAUUCCACAGUGUUGAGAGUAAAUACACAAAUUGCAAAGUUUGACACUGAAAUGAGCUUCUGCAGCUUCAUUAAAAAGUUCAACAGCUGUUUAAAAAAAAUGUUGCACGAGUCUCUUUGCAAAUUCCAUAUGCAGUUAUUACUAUAGAAAAUACAAAAGUACACUGGAUAUUUCUUUACUUCCCUGGCCCCUCAAAAUGAGUGUUUUUUUUGUAUAUUUUAAUGGACUUUAGCAGCAAAUGAAAUGCUUAUGGAAAAUAGAUAAUGUGAAAACACUUUCUAUUUGAGUUGUGGAGUGCCCACAUCUUUAGGUCACCUGAAUAAAUUUAGUCACUUUUUUCAGUGAUUAAUACAUUUUAGCCAUGUUAAUUGUACACGCAUUGCUGCUUUUCAGUGGUCAGUCUGGCUGACAAUAGGUAUUUGUACAUUUGACCUAUUAAUCUAGUAAUGAGAUUGAGCAUUCAGGUUUACUUUGACUUGAGUAUUGAUGUGGACAUAUUCUGACUGAUUUGACAAAUUGUCCUCUGUCUUUUAAAUCUAGCUACACCAAUUUUUAGUUGCCUUAUCUCAAAUAUUAACUUGUCAGUGGUAGAUAUGGACUGGUAACUUGUCAUUUCAAUGAAUAUUUGACAUUCCAGUGCUUGAUAACUGUUGCAAACUUAACUAUGGAUUAACUCUGGUCAGAAAUGGUGCACAUCAGUCAUUGGUAUAAGUCACUAUUUGAAGAUCUGGCUGCUGUAACGGAGAUUGUAUAUUUAAAAUUACAUCUGAAAAAAAAAAUUUGUUAUGGUAAACAGCCAAUUGGAACAUUGAGAUUUGUAAGAUUGAGCUGCAUAGGCAUACUGUUUAAAUACUCCUUUCACAACAAUUUAUUGACUAUUGCUUAAAGAUCCUAUGAAAUUUACAGUUACACUUGCAGAAUGUUGUAUAAUAAAGGUGAUGUGCAUUAUGAUUGUGAAUAAUGCUUGCCACACGUAGUCUAGGCACAACAUAUAAAGUUGACUGUCUGGAUCCAUUUCAAAUCCCCACACACCAUUAGAGUUCUGUAUUGCUGUUAUUUUUCUAAGUGAUUAAACUUGAUUAAUAAAGCUUUUCUUUUGGCUGAGGUGUGAUUGGUUCGGUAAUGUGUGUUAUUGCUUCUGAAUGCAGCCUUAGCCUAUAUUCUGGUUAGCUUUGCCGGAGUUGCAAAUUCCUUGCAGGUUGAACAGCCAGUCCACCUUCAAUACACAGAUAGCCCAUUUGAAAUGAUAGCUGAUUUAUUUUAGUGCUGAUUGUAUUGUGGCCUAUCUUGUUCCCUACAAAAUCCCAUGGCCGCCACCUUUCACAAUCAGUAAUUUGUUAAGUUUUGAGAAUUUUGCUCAACUAUAAUUUGUUGCUUGGAAACAAAAAAUAGUUUUUCAACACCAAAUAUCUUGGCCAAUGAGUGCUUUGUUCUUGUUGAAGUGGGCUUAUUUUUCUUGAUAACUUCUAACUUGAAAUGUUUUUUGGAAGGUAUCAGUAAAACAGCUAAGGGGAAAGCCCCUUCUAGGGUGCAUAAAUUUUUACCCUUUUUUUUUGUCAUUUCUUACCUGGUUGGUGUAUAUGAGACUGCCUUAUUAUCAUAAACUAAAUAAGAAAUGGCUGUCAUAGUAUUCAAUAAAGUUUGGAUUAAGCCACAUGGGUAGGAUUGUAAUAUCGCUAGUGAAUUGUUAUUGCAUUCUUUUUGUACACUUGAUCUUCAAAUCCAGAUUCUGGUAACCAUUAAAAUUAUUACUUUGAAAUUUCAGGUAAUCUUUGUUCACAACAUAUCAACCCCUUAAAGUUGUGAAUUUGUCAUAGAAGUUGGUUUCUACCAGGUUUGUCAUUUGUAUUAGUGUUGCUGUUAGUGGGAGAAGUUUUCUCCUUGUCUUGCCCCUUUGCUUUCAUCUCAAUAACUAGCACUUCUGUAUAAUUUAGAAAAGGUCAAGCAACAUUACUAGAGCACACCAGAAAUUAGCCCAAGAUCCCAUAACAUGACAAGCUAGUAGGCAAAAAGUGUAAUGACAAUGAUUUUUCAAAACAAAUGAUGUAAUUAACUGUAAUACUGCAGCUGAAGCGUGCAGUUAUGAAAGAAAGCUGCAGAUCAAACUAACUUAACAAUUGAAGGUGUAAGAUGCACUUCAUACAUCAAUUAACAGUAAAUACCUGGCCACUUUUGGUUGAGGAAAAUUUAAAUAAUUAUUAGGGCCACGAGACACAUUGUAUCUGGCUGCAGCACUUUCAAAGGUCAACCAAAGCUUCGUGACAUUUCCUGGAACUAAUGCUGUAUUGAAUGUAACUGAGAUUGCGUGUUGCCUUGUGCAAGGUGAUGCUGGUUGACUUAACACAUGUAAAAUGAUCUGGCUUUCAGAGCAAAGGUUUGCUGAGAUACCCAAGCAUUAAAGACAAUAUGCCAUCUCGGGGAAAACUAGUCAGUAAAUACCUUAAUGUCUUGGUAUUUAGUAAUGUGGAUUUGUAAAGAUUAAGGAGGCAGCAGUAAUUUAUGUUCAGGCCAGAUUACAAACUAGACUU